GGCUUGUAAUCAGUAACGAAAUCAAUUACUCUCCAUUUCAUACCCCUCUUUGACAUUCAAUGAUGAAUCUUGUAAAGUUCGUGGUUAUUGUCAUGACCAUCUCAAUGGCUUUAUGUCCAGCAUUAGUCCAAUGUCGACAGAUAAAAUGUGACUGGUUGAGUGGGAAUUGCAUCAAAGGUGGAACAGAAGACAUCACGAAGAUGACAUCAUAUAUAGGUGUGAGCCACAGGAUUCUCCAAGGGACACGGUAUAUAAAGUACGAUGCACUGAAGCACAAUGUACCAGCUAAACAACAUGGUCAAAAGGAUCGGCCGGAUAACUCAUACCGGCGAGGUUGUACUCUCGCUACAGAAUGUUAUCGGCUUACGAAUUAAACAUCAACACUAAUUUUUAUUUUUAGCGUAACACAAAAAGACUUUUUGUUUUUCUCUUUGCUUUCCAUUUUUCUGUUAAUGUAUUUUGUAUCACCUUUGAUUGGCAUCUUCUGUAACACUGAAAAUUUCAUUACUCUCUCCAGUAACAUUGGAAUGUUCAUUACUAUCUUAGGUAACAUCUAAUUCACUUGGGUGAAAGGCAAAUUGAUAGCAGUUUUGGGAUCUUGAGAUUUGAAUAUUGGAGUACCAAAAUGAGCAAGGUUUCUAAUAUUAGCGAAAGAUUAAAAGAAAUUUUCGACAUAUUUGAGGAAGAAUUAGCGAAAAGAUAAUAUAUUUUGACUACAUUUAUUUUUAACAAAAAAAAAGGAUAAUUUAUAUUGUAGACUCCCUAGGCCAAUCUAAAACCAAAAAUAACACUUCAUAGUCAAUAUAACAUUUGAGAUGAUUUGACUUUUAAUGGAGUUUUAGAUGAUUUCAAUAAGUUGCAAAGAUUUAGGUGAUUUUUGUUAAACCACGCUAGAAUAUAACCUAAAACCAUGAAAUUUAGAUUUUAUUUUUUUUAACUAAGAAACUCCACCCAAAGACUCUAAAAUCAUCUGAAAACUUUAAAACUCCACAACUUAAAAUAUUUUCAAUAACAGUGGAUUUUAGAGUACUCUACGAAAUGUUAAGUUCAAUAACAGUGGAUUUUAAAUGAGUUUUUAAAAUUAAUGUUUGAAUAACAGUGAAUUUGUCAUUUUAAUACAAAUCACCUAAAACUCUCGGUUGAAUACAGCACCCUAAACAAUAAAUAUCAAAGGCUUGAAGAAGCAGUUAUCACAGCUGAUAUUUCCCAAAAACUGUCUAGUUAACUUCUCUCAAACAUCCUUCAGCAUUUCAACCUGAAAAUAUGAAAUGAGGUUGGUUCAGAUUAUAAGGUUUUAAAUGAAAAAAAUACUAAAACAAAUCAGUUGUUUUAUAAUGAUUUUUUUUUCUCUUGGAAACCAAUGCCGUUAGUUCAUUUUGUUUCUUUUUUUAUCAACUAUCUUUUAUUUAUAAAACAAAAAAGUCACCAAAGAUCAAAUUCAUCAUUUUAGCUAUCCUAAAGUUGUAAACCUUAUUAUUAUCUUUAAAAAGGUAUAAAUUGUUUUAUAUUUUCUACUUGUUUCUUAAUAUUGCUUUAUGGCUAUCAUAAUUUCAGUUUUUUAUAUCUUGUUCUAAAUAAUUAUUUGAAUCAAAUCUUUUGUUCUUAAUACUAUUUUUGGUUUAUAUAAUUAUUCGUUUUAUGUUAAAAAAAAUUAUGGAAAAAAAAAACGAGAUUAUGCCCUCAAUUUUCAGGAUUCAUCAUUUAUGGAGAUCCAAGUAACAAAAGAGAACAGUUAUAUUAGAAGAUGACGAACCACACAAAGUCUACAAUAUUUUGGCAAACUUUUGUUCGGCCGACUUUGAAAUUUAUGAGUGUGUGGCAUAAUUCAUAGCAAGUGACGGAUGCAUGAUUAUAUUUUGCUGGG